CCGUCACUUCUAUUACUGAUCCUGGUUGUCCUCCCCCCCCCCUCCCCCCAGGCAACGUCUUACCAUCAUGGGUGUUCCAGAGAAGUUCCAGUUCGCCAUAGACCGCGGUGGGACCUUCACAGAUGUGUUUGCGCGUUGUCCGGGGGGUAAAGUUCGUGUCAUGAAGCUGCUGUCUGAGGACCCAGCAAACUACCAGGAUGCCCCAACGGAGGGUAUACGACGAAUCCUAGAGGAGGAAACGGGCUCUCUGUUCCCUCGGGACCUCCCCUUGGACACUCAGCAGAUCGAAUGGAUCCGGAUGGGGACCACCGUGGCCACCAAUGCCCUGCUGGAAAGAAAGGGGGAGAGGAUCGCUCUGCUGAUUACGAAGGGCUUCAAAGACCUUCUCCACAUCGGGAACCAGGCCAGACCCAAGAUCUUUGACCUGGAGGUCCGGAUGCCGGAGGUGCUGUAUGAAGAGGUGAUAGAGGUGGAGGAGAGGGUCGUCCUCCAACAGUCUGACUGUCAGCUUCCCAAACACCCUUCAUUGAAGACCUUCAUAGGUUCCACAGGGGACUCGCUGGAGGUCUGGGAACCGCUGAAUCUGGAACAUCUGAAGAUCAAGCUGCAGGGGGCGCUGUCCCGUGGGAUUCGCAGCCUGGCGGUGGUCCUAAUGCACUCAUACACGUGGUCCACACAUGAACACCAGGUUGGCGAGCUGGCCCGUUCUCUAGGGUUCACACAUGUCUCGCUCUCCUCGGAGGUGAUGCCAAUGAUCCGCAUGGUGCCCAGGGGUUACACAGCCUGCGCUGAUGCCUAUCUGACCCCAUGUAUACAGAGAUACCUGGACGGGUUCAGCAGAGGCUUCAAGAACCAGCUCAAGGAUUUACAGGUCCUCUUCAUGCGUUCCGAUGGAGGCCUGACCCCGAUGCAAAGCUUCAGCGGUUCCCGCGCCAUCCUCUCUGGACCAGCAGGGGGAGUGGUAGGUUACGCCAUCACUACCUAUCGGCCCGACAAUCCCCAGCCUGUUAUUGGCUUCGAUAUGGGAGGCACCUCCACGGAUGUCAGUCGUUACGCCGGCGAGUAUGAACAUGUGUUUGAGGCCACGACGGCCGGAAUCAGUAUCCAGGCACCACAGCUCGAUAUAAACACGGUGGCGGCAGGGGGAGGCUCCAUGCUUUUCUUCAGGUCAGGAUUGUUUGUGGUUGGACCAGAGUCUGCUGGAGCCCAUCCGGGGCCGGCAUGCUACAGGAAAGGGGGCCCCCUAACCGUGACCGAUGCCAACCUCUGCCUGGGCCGCUUACUACCCGACUACUUUCCACGCAUCUUCGGCCCCUCGGAAGACCAACCUCUCUCUGAAGAAGAUACGACACGGAAGUUCCAGGAACUGACGGCCGAGAUUAACCAGUUUCAGCGUGGCCGACCAGGGGGAGGAUCUUCUCUCAGCGUAGAGGAAGUGGCCAUGGGCUUCAUCAGGGUGGCCAAUGAGGCCAUGUGUCGGCCAAUCAGAUCGCUUACUCAGGCAAAAGGCCAUGACACGUCUCGCCAUGUCUUAUCGUGUUUUGGGGGUGCGGGGGGUCAGCAUGCUUGCGCCAUUGCCCGCUCACUGGGGAUGAAGACGGUUUUUAUUCACAAGUACGGGGGUGUUCUGUCCGCUUUCGGCAUGGCUCUGGCAGACGUGGUACAUGAGGCUCAGGAGCCGUGCUCCGUGCUGUACAGCAAAGACUCCUUCCCUCUCCUGGAGGAACGUAUCGCGGCUCUGGAACAGCGGUGUAUUGAGGUUCUGCAGCAGCAGGGAUUCCACCGAUCGCAGAUCGACGCGGAGCCGUUCCUGCACCUCCGCUACGAGCGCACCGACUGCGCCCUCAUGUGUUCCGCCAAGGGAUACCCAGCACACCCCGACUCCUGCCACGCGGGGGACUUCAAAAACGCCUUCACUGCCAGGUACAUGAAGGAGUUUGGAUUCACCAUCCCAUCCAGGCCUAUUGUGGUGGAUGACAUCCGCGUACGAGGGACCGGCAGUACCGGAAUCCGCUGCGAGAGCCGCAUCACACCCGGCGGACAGCCGGCACAUGUAGAGAAGGUGACCAAAUGCUACUUUGAAGACGGGUACAAGGACACCAAUGUGUACCUCCUGGAGGAGCUGUCAUGUGACCACACUAUCCCCGGCCCCGCCAUCAUCAUUGAUAAGAACAGCACCAUCCUGGUGGAGCCGGACUGCGCGGCUUCUAUUACGGAGCACGGGGACGUGCGGAUCACAGUGGCAAGCGGGAAACAGCAGGCGAUCGGAACCGAAUUGGACACCAUCCAGCUGUCCAUCUUCUCCCACCGCUUCAUGAGCAUCGCAGAACAGAUGGGGCGUAUCCUGCAGCGGACGGCCAUCUCCACCAACAUUAAGGAGCGUCUGGACUUCUCCUGUGCUCUGUUUGGCCCUGACGGCGGUCUGGUGUCUAACGCCCCCCACAUUCCUGUCCACCUGGGAGCCAUGCAAGAGACGGUCCAGUUCCAGAUUAGAAGCCUGCAGGAUGACCUGAAGGAAGGAGAUGUCAUUCUAAGCAACCACCCGUGUGCCGGAGGAAGCCACUUACCUGACCUGACUGUCAUCACACCGGUGUUUCGGCCUGAAGCUCCACGUCCGGUGUUCUUCGUGGCCUCCCGCGGGCACCAUGCUGACAUUGGCGGCAUCACGCCAGGCUCCAUGCCACCCCACUCAAAGUCCUUGACGGAAGAGGGAGCAGUAUUCAUGUCCUUCAAGUUGGUCCAAGAGGGACAGUUCCAGGAAGAAGCUGUCACAGAGGCGCUGAUGGCUCCAGGAUCGAUCCCGGGCAGCAGUGGUACACGCAACCUCCACGACAAUUUGUCAGAUCUGCGUGCGCAGGUGGCAGCCAAUCAGAAAGGCAUCCAGCUUGUGAACGAGCUCAUUGAUGUCUAUGGAUUGGAAGUGGUUCAGGCGUACAUGGCACACAUCCAGGCCAAUGCCGAGGUAGCAGUGAGAGAAAUGUUGAAAGCAUUUGCUAAUCGCUGGGAGAAGCAGACGGGAGCACUGGAAGUGGAGUCUGUGGAUUUCAUGGAUGACGGCUCUCCAAUCAGACUGAAAGUGAAGAUUAACAAGGAAGAGGGCAGUGCUGUGUUUGAUUUUAGCAACUCAGGACAUGAAGUUUUUGGAAACUGUAACGCUCCCCGUGCCAUCACGCUCUCCGCUUUGAUUUACUGCCUGCGCUGCAUGGUGGGAGAAGAUAUACCCCUAAAUCAGGGUUGUCUUGUGCCCGUCAAAGUCAUCAUUCCUAAAGGAUCCAUCCUGGACCCCUCACCAGAUGCUGCUGUUGUCGGGGGCAAUGUGUUGACCUCGCAGAGAAUCGUGGAUGUCAUCUUCAAGGCCUUCCAAGUCUGUGCAGCAUCACAGGGCUGUAUGAACAACAUCACCUUUGGGAACCAGAAGACCGGUUACUAUGAGACGGUGGCUGGGGGUGCUGGCGCUGGACCACACUGGGAUGGGAGAAGCGGAAUCCACAGUCACAUGACCAACACCCGGAUUACUGACCCAGAGAUCCUGGAGAAGCGGUACCCGGUAGUCCUCAAGCGGUUUGAGCUGCGCCCAGGCUCCGGGGGUGAUGGGAGAUUCCAGGGAGGAGACGGAGUCAUCCGGGAGCUUCUGUUUAGAGAAAACGUCAUUUUGUCAGUUCUCACGGAGCGAAGAGUUUUCCGACCCUACGGACUUGACGGAGGGUCUCCUGGAGAUGCCGGCCUCAACCUCCUCCAUCGCCAUGAUGGGAGGACCAUUAACCUGGGAGGGAAGACGUCUGUUGCUUUAGAGCCGGGGGACAUCUUCACCCUUCACACCCCUGGAGGUGGCGGAUAUGGGGAUCAGAACCAAGAUGGCGACUCCGCACUGCCUAAGAAGAAUCAAAGUCGCAGCUUUGCCGAGCGGGGAAGUGUCUUCGAUUAUCGCCUGGCACAGGAAACUGUAUGACGGAAUAAG